AGCGCUCUGGAGACACGGUGGGCGUGGGCACCAUGAGGCGCCUGGGCUCGGUGCAGCGGAAGAUGCCCUGCGUGUUUGUGACGGAGGUGAAAGCCGAGCCCUCGGCCAAGCGGGAGCAUCAGCCAUUUAAAGUUUUGGCAACUGAAACUCUAAGUGAAAAGGCGUUAGAUGCAGAUGUAUACAGUGCCAUUGCAACAGAAAAAGUGGAUGGAACAUGUUGUUAUGUUACUAACUACAAAGGUCAGCCAUACCUUUGGGCUCGACUAGAUAGAAAACCUAACAAGCAGGCUGACAAAAGAUUUAAAAAAUUUCUACAUUCAAAAGAAAGCUCAAAAGAGUUUCUUUGGAACACUGAGGAGGAUUUCAAGCCUGUCCCAGAGUGUUGGAUACCAGCAAAGGAAAUAGAACAACAGAAUGGGAAACCAGUACCUGAUGAAAAUGGACACAUUCCUGGUUGGGUGCCCGUGGAAAAGAACAGCAAACAGUACUGCUGGCAUUCGUCUGUAGUGAACUACGAGUUUGGAAUUGCCCUGGUACUACGGCAUGAUCCCGACAAGCCUGGACUUUUGGAAAUCAGUGCCGUGCCCCUGUCAGAGCUUUUAGAGCAAACCCUGGAGCUGAUAGGAACAAAUAUCAAUGGGAACCCAUACGGGCUAGGAAGCAAGAAAUAUCCAUUGCACUUUCUUAUACCCCACGGAGCCUUCCAAGUAAGAAAUGUGCCUACGCUGAAGCACAAUGACUUGCUGUCCUGGUUUGAAGACUGCAGAGAGGGUAAAAUCGAAGGGAUCGUGUGGCACUGUGGCGACGGCUGUUUACUUAAGGUCCAUCGCCAUCAUCUUGGUUUAUGCUGGCCACUUCCAGAUACUUACAUGAAUUCCAAACCAGUUAUUAUUAACAUGAACCUGAACAAAUAUGACUGUGCAUUUGAUAGUGAGUGUUUGUUUAAUCGGUUUUCAAAAAUAGAUAAACAGAAAUUUGAUAGGCUUAAAGAUAUAAUACUUGAUGUAUAAAAUGGAAAUAUAGUUAGAAUUAUUGCAAACAGUCUGCUAUUUUACAGAGGUUAAAAUAACUCAAGGGUCUAUUUAAUUUUGCUAGGUAUUUGACAAAAUAUGUAUAAAUUCUAAACAUUUAUGUAUCUGUAUUUAAAGAAACCAUGGGAUUUGAAUAUCUUAACACAAAAAUAAAUAUAAAAUAAUUCCAUCUGAAACUUCCAUUUUAAAUGGUAAAAUUGUUAAGCUUACCUUUAUGCUUUUAGAAAGUUUAAGACAUUAUAAAAAUAGGGAUAUCUAUCAGCUCAUUGUGCACUAUACAGUCAUAAAUUAUUCAUGUUUUCAAAAAUAUACUUUUCUACCAAGUUAAAACUAAAUAUGAUUUUAUUUUUAAGCAAAAAUACAGUAUUUUGAGAUGAAUUCUAUAGUUCAGAGACUUCUUGAUUUCCAGCUGAAACUUUUAAACUUAUAAAAUAGUUUUAAAUCUA